GAUAUAUAUAUGUACCAAGUAAUACUAAUAAAUACAAAUAAUAAAUUUAUUUCAUUAGAAGAAUUAAAAGAAGUAUUAAUACGUUAACGAAAAAAACCAUGGCCUGUCCUUUGUCGGAAACGAUCACAGAUGAUCAGAGUCAAGAGAAAAUUCAAUUAACUGAAGGACCAGGCUUACUUUACGGAGAGUAUCUUCGAUUAGAUAAAAUCUUAACCGCGCAAAGACUUCUCAGCGCUGAGUGCAAUGAAGAGGUACACGAUGAGCAUCUUUUUAUCAUUACUCAUCAAGCAUACGAGUUGUGGUUUAAGCAGAUUAUCUAUGAGUUGGAUUCGGUCAGAUCACUCUUCUGUUCGGAUUCGAACAUUUACAACGCUACCAAUCACUCCUCGACUAUUCAAAAUGGACCAUCUCAUGUCUUGAACGAAUCAAGAACUUUGGAAAUUCUCAAACGACUCAAUCGCAUCGUUCUUAUAUUAAAACUUCUAGUGGAUCAAGUUACGAUCUUAGAGACUAUGACACCGUUGGAUUUUAUGGCCUUCCGUGAUUACCUUUGCCCAGCUUCCGGCUUCCAAUCUCUGCAAUUUCGAUUACUGGAGAACAAACUUGGUGUUAAACAAGAACACAGAGUAAAGUACAAUCAGAGUUACACGAGAGUUUUUGGAAGAGAUCCGAAAGCCAUUGAGGAAAUCAAACGUUCGGAAGAAGAUCCUAGUUUGAGUUGUUUGGUCCAAAGGUGGUUGGCCAGAACACCGGGUCUCGAAUCUUACGACUUUGACUUUUGGGGAAAAUACAAAAGAGCUGUCGAACGAAUGCUCUUCGAACAAGAACAAACUGCGCAGAAACAAUCGAAGGAACAAAUGAAGCUGUAUCUAAUGAACAGCGUUCAAUCUCGUAAAGCCAUGUUCGAAACAAUCUUUAAGGAAUCUCUUCAUAACGCGCUUGUCUCGAGAGGAGAACGAAGAUUUUCCUAUGCUGCUUUUCAAGGAGCCGUAAUGAUAACAUUGUACCGAGACGAACCAAGAUUCAGUCAGCCCCAUCAAAUCUUGACCGCAUUAAUGGACAUUGAUUCUCUAAUUACUAAAUGGAGAUAUAAUCACGUUAUCAUGGUCCAGAGGAUGAUCGGUUCUCAACAACUGGGAACUGGUGGAUCUUCCGGUUAUCAAUACCUAAAAUCGACAUUAAGCGACAGAUACAAAGUGUUCCUAGAUUUAUUCAACUUGUCUACGUUCUUAAUACCUAGACAUUUAAUUCCACCGUUAACGAAGCAAAUGAAAACGAGACUUUCGAUAUCUUGGAACGGCAGGAAUACCGAUAACAAUCAAAAUAACGCUGAAAAUGACACAGAAAUCUCGUGAAUUCGUAAUAAUUCAUAAAAUGAAGUAAUAUUCUAUUUACAUGGUUUUUAAUCGUACUGUAUAACUAUAUAUAGA